AUGGGUCGACGCCCAAAGAUUGACAGUGUUGGAAACUUCCAUACUGGUGAACGCCAGCGUGAAGGCGAUCGCCAUACCCACAUUUCUCUGGAUGGCAGCCGCCUGCUGACCCAAACACGACACAAUCCUGCUGCUGGAAAGCGACGCCGUGUUGAGGAAGUGACGGAGGAGGACAACAGGCUAACCGACUGGACACCGGUUACAGCCCUUGGUUUGGACGAUGUCCGUACCCUUGCGGACACGAUUACAUCGUACGAGGUGGAGCCGGACCCGGAGGAUGUUGGGCAGGACACAACGGCGAAGAGGAGACGGUACGCAAGCUCGGACGAUCCAAUGUCCACGUGGCUGCCUCACGCUUCACUUUUCCUGGAUGAGCUCAUUCGUCGAGAAGGGCUUGGUGAUUAUCUCAACCGGCUUGGAUGUGCGGUUUGCAAGGCUGCCUACGGUCCGAACUGCCGCAUCUUUCGCUGCAAACAAUGCGGUAACUUCCCUCAAUGCGAGAACUGUCUGCUUCAGCAGCAUGCACGUCAGCCACUUCAUACUACACAGGAAUGGAACGGCAGCUUCUGGGAUGAUAUAUCGCUCCACUCCCCAGUCGAAUCCGGGGGCCUAGGCUUCGUCUUCCAGUUAGGCCACUUCGGUUUCGAGUGCGAUAAUCCAGGGCAACUCAAAUCUCUCGUGGUGAUCGACGUCCGUGGUGUUUUUCGCUUGCAACAACUGUUGGCCCAUGGUUGGUACCCGGCAACUACAGUCAAUCCGGAGACUUGUGCAACACUCGAAGCCCUUGAACUCUUCCGUCUACUCAACGUUGUCGGAAACAUCAAUGCCCACGACUUCGUUGGGACUGUAGAGAGGUUGACAGAUGCCGCCAAUGUGGGCAAGGUUCCCGAUCGAUACAAAGCGUUUUUGCGCAUGGCUCGGCAGCACAGCUUUCUGACGACCGCCAAGCGUAUGGGUCGCGCACACAAAGAAGAUGGCUUGGUUACCCGGCAGCCGGGCUGCUUUGCGGUGCGCUGUUGGGCGUGUCCUGACGCUCAUCGGAAUCUUCCUGAGGGCUGGCGCCAUGUUAAAGCAAAGAAUGCUUACCUAUACAAACUCAUCCUCGCGCUGGACGCCAAUUUUCGGCUCAAAAAUCGCAUUCGCGCAAACGCUCACGCCGACCCAUCACUUAUCGAUGGCCAGGGGUACUUCGUUGAAUCUCAGUCGUACAAGGCACAUCUCAAGGACUACACAAAUGAGAAGGACAUCAGUACAUGUGUCGCAUUUGCGGCUCUAUUACAAAAAGAUUCGCGCAUCAGCACGGGCCUUCGAGUAUCUGGCGUCGGCGGAUGCGUAUGCGCACGACAUGGGCUUGUCCGGAGCCAGGGCAUGGGAGACCUGCAGAAGGGCGAGCGCUACGCGAACAUGGAUUUCAUCGCGUUGGCCACCGUCCAGGACGAAGACGUAGAAGCCAUCGCUUUUUCGUACGAUAUUGGCUGUCAAUGGAAGCAACACCUACCCGAACGCGCAGCACGCUUGAAGGACAAGGGUCGAAUGAUGAAGGAUUUAAACGGCUUUAAGAUGCAGUUUGCACUGCCCGUAUGGCACGCAGCGGCACACGAGAUCGGGUGUCGCACUGCUAACUCGUUAACCUACCAGCUCGGGGUCGGGAGAACAGAUGGCGAGGGGAUAGAAAGAACGUGGUCGACGUUAAACCCAAUUGCCUGGUCAACGAAGGAAAUGGGUGAAGGCGCUCGUUUGGAUUGCAUUGAAGACCGCAUCGAUCAUCUAAAUUGGGAGAAGAAUCGGGGACAAGGAAACACAUUGGCCCGCAAGCUUGUCGUUGCCAUCGCCGAAUCUGAUCGUCAAGACGGAGAGUUUCGCGAGAUCGACUCCAACAUUGACGAGCCCACUCGGAAGGUAUGGCAAGAGAAGAUCCGAGCAUGGCGGGCCGAUGAUACGCGCCCCAACCCAUAUCUUUACCAUGGUGGCGAAGGCGACGAAACGGAAAAGAAGAUCCGAGAAGAUCUGAAGGCGAUGGAAUUGGAAGAGGUUCGUGCUGGCAACGCCCCUCUGGUGGAAGGCAAGAUGACUGCGGCAGCAUUUGUCGCAGCGGGACUUCAAUUAGAGGAUUCUCAGCGAAAAAUUGUAACGGAGACGAAGAACACUACCUUGCUCAACGCCGAUCGCUCCAGCCAGAUACAAGAAUCCCGUUUCACUUUCUUUCGCAAGAUGAAGACUUUUACGCGCCUCCAGCUCACAUACAUGCCUGGCGUGCAGGAGCUACGAGAUGAGGAGGAAGCACUGCGAGACCCUGAUGCGCCGCCGCCGAAGGCCGAGUAUGUCAAGCUGUACUUGCCAUCGGAAAUCCCGACGCCAGCACGCUCGUCGGUUUGUGGUCGAGGCGUCAUUGAGGCCGAGGCAAGGCUUCGGCUGGGCCAAUGUCACGAUGCUUUGACCACUCUUCGCGCUCAGCUGAACACGCGAACGCAGAUCAUUUACUGGCGGAAUGCUAAUUCAGUGGGUCAGCGGGCCGCAACACGCUCAGCCACCUUGAUUAGUCGAGUCGGGGAGCGAAUCGAGAAGGCUGCCGCCAAGUACCGUGCUGCUCGGGCUGCGCUGGUCGCGAUCAAAGGCGCAUCCUUUGCUCCACAGUUCAAGCCGCUUCUUGACGUCGAUGUCAAUGGGCGCCCAGAAAUAGAGAGCGACAUCGUUGCCCUCAAGCGACUGGCUGUUGCUGACUCAUCCCGCGCAUCUCGCAAUGAGCCUACCCAAGGUGUACUCCAUCGAACUGUCUCCUGGAUUUGGACAGCCCCAGGGUCGAGCGCUUCGAAGCUACAUGACUCUGUCCGUGUGGAUUGGUCCAAGGCUAAGGCGCGACGAGACAGGUGGCGGGAGGAGAUUGCAUUGGUCAGAGAGGAAAUGAAGCGUGUGCUACGCUCUCUGCGCUGGGAGCGAACACAAUGGCUAGACCGACGGGAAGGCCGCAAGGAAGAGACGGGUAUAAGCCCAGAGCUGCGCUCAGGAAUUGUGGCAUACGCUGGGCGCCAAGCGGAUCUGCACAGUCGUAUUGGUGAGGCGUUCUUUGCGGAGUGGAACAAAACUGUCAAGGGUGCCGUCACAGCCCUUGACAAUGGGUUGCUACGCGACAUAUGGGCAGGCAACGAGGACGGCGGCGCUGGCGAGGACAAUGACAAGAGCGGGGGGGAACAGGAAGACGAUGAUUCCGAGGCAGAUGCGGAGCAGAGUGUGGGGCACCUAGAGGCUGGGGAGCAGGUCUCUGCCCGCCAACUCCGUUCGGCCACGCGUGCACGUGCGCCUGCAGCGGGCGUGGGCGUGGGCGCGGGCACGGAGUCGGGCGCGGGCGCGGGAGUCGGGCGCGGGCGCGGGUGGGGACAAGACACCGGCAUAGAUAGAUUUCUGUCUAUGACAAACAUAAAAACUGUCAACUCCUACCGACGCCAAGAUACUUAG